UAUUGAUUCAUGUUCAAUAAUUGUGUCUGAAUGACGAUCAAACAUUUUCAUUGAUAUAUCAGGAUUAUUAAACAUGAUCACUCAUCAUCAGACAUCUUCAUCAGACUUUAAGACCCUCUGAGUCGAGAGCUGGACGAUUAUGACAAAAACAAUAAUCACGAUUAUUUUGACUGAUAUUAAAUUUCACGAUCAAUAAGAACAAUUAUUCAGUUAUUUCAAAACUUGAGUUUUUAUUGAACCAUCAACUUAACUUUAAAUAAAACUUAAAAUAACAGAAACAAACAAAAGAACAAGAAAAAAAAAUAAAUCAGCUCAGUGAUCGACGAGAACUUUUUCCUUUUGCUCGACCUCCGUCAGAUUGAAGCUGAAAUGUUUCCUGAUAACUGAAGUUGUUCUACCUUUGAGUCUCGACCAAACGCUGCCUUUCUGCCGAGUUUUCAAUCACUGAUCCUCACGUCACACACCUGCUGCUGCUGCACGUUAACAGGGGUGGAUUUAAGGUGUUUUUACUAGGGAUGCACGAUAUUUAUCGGACCGAUAAAAUAUCGGCCGAUUUGGGGGAAAAUUACGUCAUUUUUUAUCGGUCCGAUAGGUGCAUUUUUCCGAUAGAAAGAUCCGAUAUAUUAAUGAAAUUAUGAGUAACGUUUGCAGGCGGAGUAGCCGCCCGUCUGAGACGCGCUGGUCACGUCGUCUAUCAAGCUUUACUCGCAGGUCCCAAGCCUGACCCCGUCACUACCUGACAGAUAAUAAAAUGUCUUCACCAGCAUGGUCGUUUCUCUCAGUGGCAGAAGAUGACAACAGCUGCUAUAUGCAAAACCUGUUCAGCGAGGAUUCCUAGAGGAGGAAAGAAGACGUCAAGUAUUAACACAACGAAUCUGAUAGCUCAUCUGAAAAGUCGCCAUCGCGGCGAAGCGGUAGUAAAAGAAUAUGAGACAGCCGCCGAAGCUGCUAGCGGUACUAAAGCUAAGACAACAACACUACGGAGGAUCGAUGUCCCCAUUCAGCAGGCGUUUAAAAACUGCAAAAGCUUCUCAAGAGACAGCGAAAAGGCUAAAGCCAUUAACGACAAAGUGAUGGAGUUCAUAGCGGUCGACGACCAGCCUUUUUCCGUCGUUGAGAACCCGGGUUUUCCUAAGUUCAUAGCACACUUGGAGCCACGUUACACUCUCCCAAGCUGCCGCUUCUUCUCGGAUGUGUCUCUUCCUGCACUCUAUGAUAUUGUCGCCACAAACAUUCACAACCUGAUCGACAAGAACGGACUACACGUGAGUUUUACCACAGACAUAUGGACGUCAGAUGUUAGUCCGGUCAGCAUGCUAAGCCUAACGGCUCAUAAUAGCUCCUUUACAGUUUACAGUUCUGUUGAACAGUUCAGGGGAUCAAAUGAAGUUCUGCUUUUUGCUCUGUUAUUGUUAUUUAUAGCAAAUGACCACAUUUGAAGAGCCAAAAACUUUUGUUUGUUGUUCUAGAUAGGCCAGAGCAACAAAAAUAUUAGUUUUUAAUCGCUGCAUCCUGCACAAACUGCAGAUUAUAUGAAGAUUAUAAUAAAUGUAAAAAUAUGAAUUUAUCGGUAUCGGUAUCGGUAUCGGCCAUGAGAAGAAGAAAAUUAUCGGUUAUCGGUAUCGGUUGAAAUUUUUCAUAUCGUGCAUCACUAGUUUUUACAGCACAGGAGUUUACAAACACGCAGCACCAUGCAGCGAGUUAAUCGUUUUCUUCACAUAUAAUGUUUUUAUGAUCGUGAGAAACCAAAAUAGAAACACUGUUCUGUCGUCCAGAACGACUCUGAGCUCUUCUAAGAACAGAUGAGAACAAAACGUUAAAGUCAAAUCUGAUCAAAGAUGAUUAACUAAAUAAAUAAUCAAAUUAAUCUGUAGAUGUGAUCGCCUCCAAGAGACAACAUGAUAAAAACUGAACUGAGAACUGAAACUUUAUUCUGGAGAUAAAACUCAGAGGAGGAGGAGCUGAACCUCUGCUUUUCAGACACACCUGCCUACUCUUCCUCCUCCUCUCUCCUCCUCUCUCCUCUCUCCCUUCCUCCUCCUCCUCUCUCCUCCGCUCUCUUCCUCCUCUCUUCCUCCUCUCCUCCUCUCUCCCUCUCUCUCCCCCUCUCCUCUCUCUCUCCCUCCCUCUCUUCCUCCUCCUCUCUCCUCUCUCUCCCUCUGUCCUCCUCUCUCCCUCUCUCCUCCUCUCUCUUCCUCCUCUCCCUCCCUCCCUCUCUCUCUCCUCCUCUCCUCCUCUCUCCCCCUCCUCUCCUCCUCUCCUCUCUCUCCCUCUCUCCUCCUCUCCUCCUCUCUCUCCCUCUCUCCCUCUCUCCCCCUCUCUCUCCUCUCACUCUCUCUCUCUCUCUCUCUCUCCUCUCUCUCCCUCUCUCCUCCUCUCUCUCUCUCUCUCUCUCUCUCUCUCUCUCCCUCUCUCCUCCUCUCCUCCUCUCUCUCUCUCUCUCCCUCUCUCCCCCUCUCUCCUCUCACUCCCUCUCUCCUCCUCUCCUCCUCUCUCCUCCUCUCUCCUCUCUCCCUUCCUCCUCCUCCUCUCUCCCCCUCCUCUCCUCCUCUCCUCCUCUCUCCCCCUCCUCUCCUCUCUCUCCCUCUCUCCUCCUCUCCUCCUCCCUCCCUCUCUCCCCCUCCUCUCCUCCUCUCCUCUCUCUCCCUCUCUCCCUCCUCUCCCUCCCUCCCUCUCUCUCUCCUCCUCUCCUCCUCUCUCUCCCUCUCUCCUCCUCUCCCUCCCUCCCUCCCUCCCUCUCUCUCUCCUCCUCUCCCUCCUCGUGCUCCCUCUCUCCCUCUCUCCCCCUCUCUCUCCUCUCACUCUCUCUCUCUCUCUCUCUCUCCUCUCUCUCCCUCUCUCCCCCUCCUCUCCUCCUCUCCUCUCUCCUCCUCUCUCCCCCUCCUCUCCUCCUCUCCUCCUCUCCUCCUCUCCUCCUCUCCCUCCUCGUGCUCCCAGGCUCUCCUGUGAUGACGAUGAUGAUGUUGAAGUUUGACGUUAUGAUUGAGAUCAGACCGACGACUCAGUUUUCUUCAGCCUGGAUUAUUAUAUAUUUAUGAGGGGGGGGGGGUUAUAAUCCUAAUCCAUAUUAAAAUAAAGACCCUGAUUGAUCACCUGACUCUCGGUCCAAGGUUCCUGGUGUUUGAAGAGUGGACGGUUAGAUCCUCUCGUACUUUAAUCCUGAUCAGAUCAAACUGAAUCGAUCUUUGUGAAGUUUCCCUCAUGAAGAUCCAUCAUUCCCGUUUUAUUCGACAUCUUUAAAACCUUUAAAAUAAGUUCAUGUCAAAAAUCAAAGAUGUCACAUCGAGGAGCGACUGUGUGUCCUCCUCACCCCGUCUGUCUUCUGUCUCUGCAGCUGCCAAACCAGACCAGGAUGGAGAGUGGACCUGAGGUGGUCAGCCAGUCCUCUCUUCUGCCCAUCUCUGGGUUCCCCAUGCAGGUCAGACUCCUCAGAUCUUCAGAGAACAGAACUCCUCCUCAGUAUCUCCUCAGACCCGGGUCUGGGGAGGAUCAUCAGGGUUCCUGGUUCAGGUCUAAACCCUUAAACUUUAGUAAUGAGGUCUCUGAAAACGGCCACUAGAGGGCAGCAGGAGCUCGUCUGAGCCUCUGAUUCUGUAGAUCCAUGUCUGAGAAUAGUCCUCUUGUGUUCUGGUUUUGGACCGGUCCAGUGAGUCCAUACUGUCCAUCAGGUCUUUGUAGACCCUCUCCUUAGACCAGGACCCCCUGAAAGGACCCCUCUGUUCUUUGACCUUUGACCUGGGCUCACAGUUCUCCCUCUGUCUUCAGGAGUUCAACCAGAACAGCAUCUUCAGCCAGGCCUACGGCAAGAACCUGCCCCCCAGCUCCAAGCCCGACGCUCCCAUGAUGCACCAGGAGCCGUCCCUCUACUCCCUGUUUGAGGGGACCCCCUGGUCCCCCUCCCUCCCUGCCAGCUCAGGUAAGUCCCGCCUGUGUGGACCGGGUCUGAAGUCUUCUCCUUCAGGGAGACUCGGCUCUGAUGUAAGCUGUCCUCUGAUUGGCAGAUCACUCGACCCCGGCCAGCCAAUCCCCUCACUCCUCCAACCCCAGCAGCCUGCCAUCCUCCCCGCCCACCCAUAACCACGGCGCCAUGCCCUUCUCCAACUUUGGGCCCAUCGGGACCCCGGACAGCCGGGACCGCAGGGUGGUGGACCGCUGGAAGGCCGACAAGACCGGUGAGGGAGGGGAGGAGCUUAAGGGGUUCAGGGGGGUCAGGGUUCACAGGAGGACCCAGAUCUAACCAUCAGACUCUCUUUCAGGGGCGGUCAGCGGGUUCGGUCUGGACUACCUACCAGCUGCAGCCUCUUCUGCAGCCUCAGACACCAGCUGGCAUCAGACCGGACCAACCACGGGCUCCUGGACCAAUCAGGAGUCUCCGAUGGAGGAGUCGUCCUCCACCGUGCUGCUCGACAGCCUCAAGGUUCGAAAACAUCCUCUCAGUCCGAGUCUCAGCAUCUAGAGGGUUUUAGAUCUGCAGGUUUUAUAACAAUGAGGUUCAAACCAGCAACAGUCAGUCCGUUUCCACGACAACCAAGAAAAACCGAAUUAUCGCCUUAUUCCGAUGAAGACCGGACAACUGAAGGUCAUGUAAACACGUUAGUCCGACUAUAAUCAGAGUUUAAGAACUCGAACUCCGAACUCUGAGGGACGAAGUUUAAAGGACCUUUAAGGGUUAAAAAGAUCGGAAAUAAAACCGAUUUUUAUGGUUUUCAGAUGAUUUUAAACCAACGAUGUCCAACAGGUUAGUCACAUGACUCUGGAGCGGGAAUCUCCGCAUGGAAACGACAACUGGACUGAGUUGAGACGAGAGCGGCACCUGACGAUUAUUUUUUUAUUGAUCGAUUAAAAAACAUUCAGACCAUCUUUGAUUUGAUAUUGAGAAAGUCAACCAACCAAAAAGGCACAUUAUGUCACAAUGCAUUGUGGGCCGUGGUCGGCAUAAUUCUGUCAACAGAGUUUGUUUACAUCGCUGAGUACAACACGGCGUUCGAUAACGGCGUUUCUCCUUUAUGCGAUCGAUCAUGACGCACCGCCACUUUAAAAAAGAGAUUUUUUCUUGCGUGUCUCGACCUCGGACUCGUGUGUCAGUAAACAUCUGUGCGGCGGAGCUCGUGAUCGCCGAGUAUUCGCAUUAGCGUGCGAUCAUCGUCGAUCACAGCUGAUCAAUUAUCGAGUUAUCGGUUAAUUAAAAACACAAACUGACCCUUUAAUCCGAGCGAACUGAUGAAGUGAAUUAUGGGAAACAGGGCGGAUGAUGCGGCGUUCACUGUGGCGUUUGCUGCACCAGCGGAGGGUUAUUUGAUUGACAGGUCACUGCAUGUGUCCUUGAAUGAAAGCAGCGCCAGGUGGAGUUCGCUUGCCGUCCACGCCUCCACCGUUACCUGAAGUCGCCAUUGUCUACGUCAUCAUGCGCCGCGUCGACACGUUUUUUACAUCGACGAAUAUUUGUACUCGAUUACGUCGACGACGUCAACGAAUCGUUUCGUUGAGGAGGCGAAACGUCUCGAGUAAGUCCAGUUGUCUUUUCAACGUAGAUCUGUAGAUCAUAGAUGCUGCAGUUUUAGCUCUGAUGGCGCUCUGAUGUGUGACGCUCCGCUCUCUCUGCUCCUCCCUUCAGUCCAUCUGGUCGAGCUCCAUGAUGCAGCCCGGCCCGUCGGCGCUGGAGCAGCUCCUCCUGCAGCAGAAACAGAAGCAGCAGCGAGGUCACGGCGCCAUGAACCCGCCUCACUGAACGGCCGGCCUGGGCGGCGCUUUGUGUUCUGACGUCAGUGACACCCACCACCUGGAGAAAAGGGGAGGAAAAAAAACGCAGUUUGACGAAGACGAGCUCCGACUUAAAAGGAAAAUUAAACCGGUGAGAAACGGUGGAAGCUGGGGAGGCGACACGACCCCCCAACGAGGCUGAGACUCCACCCACACCCCCCCUCGGCUGUCGAGGAGCGGUGAAGCCCCUCCUGGAUCGGAGGGCGCGGGAUCUCUUCAAACGCGGUGCAACGCGCCAAAACCGCCAGGUUUCCUUCAACCUGCGGAAAAUCUGAACAUUGAGGAACAUAACCCCACCCCCACCCCCCUCGCCACCUCUGCCCCCCCCUGCUUUUGGACAGACGCCACUCCUCCCCGCCUCCUCUCGCAUCUGGAAGAACUUUUUCUUUCUUUAGGACCGAUUUUAAAAAAAUAACCAGACCUCGGGGACGUCUGCUGGGCGUGGUCGGGCGCCUGUUUUUAGCGUCUCCGCCGCCACAGACUGAAGCGGGUGUUUGUAGGAGAGCGAUGGCGGCGUGUGUGUGUGGGGGGGGGGGUUCAGGGGGAGGUCAGGUGGAACAGACUGGACUUUGUAAUCUCUCCAUUUAUUUCAUCACUAAAGAGGAGGAGGCGGAGUCUCUGUGCGGACGGCGCAGAGGAGGGCGGUUGUUGGAACAGCUAUAUAAAUAUAUACAUACAUAUAUUGACAUAGUUGGACGUGGGCGGGGUCUGGUCUCUUAGCAACAAGGUGAGAACGAAGACAGGAAGCUGCACUGAGCGCUCGCUCGCUCGCUGCCUGGAAGGAAGAGACUGAACGGCCUGACGGCGAUACGGCGGCGUCCUGCUGAGAGAGGACCAGAGGGACAGGAGGGGGCGGGGCUAAGACCAUCCAACCCAGUCACUCUUAGGGAUAGUUUAACCUUUAGCUUCAAGAGAUUGCCGAUAUUAAACCGACUGUAUUUUGUGAUUUGUUCGUAGCAGUUUUAGCUUCUCGCCCUCGGAGGUGCGAGCAGGUAUGACUCUUCGCUUCCUGCCUGCUCCGAUCUUUUCUGCGUUCUCUUCCUCUCUGGUUCUACUUCCUGUUCUUUCUUUACUUAACCGAGAAAAAAAAACAAAAAAAAAAAACUGAAGCUGUAACCUGCUCGCUUAUUUAACCUGCAUUUACUCUUCCUUUGGUUCUUCUUCUGCCUUUUUACUCGUCUGAAGCAGCAGCAGGUGUGGACAGGUAGACGUCAGCCUGAAGGUUGUCCUCCAUCUCCUCCUCCUGCAGCUCGACUCCUCGGUUUUUCUCUGCAGCUUCACCUUCAGUCAGUCUGUUCCUGAAGCUCCUUUCAAAGUAAAAGCCCCACCAACCAAAAGACCCAAACUCAGGAGGAGCUAAAAGACCUCCUCUUGUUGUCCUGGUUAAACCUGAAGAUCAGAAAAGCUCCUCCUGGAGGUUCGGCGGCAGAAGAGCGUUUCUCUGAACGUCCUUUAGUCUGACCGUUCCACGUCCUGCUCCUGUCUGCUCCGAACAAACGCCAUCACAUGUUUUUUUUUUUUACUGAGAACAAACUGUAAAUGUUUCUAAGCUGCUCAUCUUAACCUCUGCUGGAGUUCCCUUUCAAAAUAAAAGACCCUGAAACUUCAAGACCCAAACUUAGGAGCUCAAAGGACCUUAGAGUUCAGAAGAUCUUCUCCUCCUUGGUAUCCUGAUAAAACCUGACAGUGAACGGGACUUUAGAGCUGCAGCAGUCGAUCGUCGUUGUUGUCGUUGUCGUCCUCUCAUUUAGGGUUCAAACCCGAGUUUUUGGGUUCAAACUGCCAAGAUAAGUGAGUCAGGAGUCUCCUCUCUGAUCAUGAAUGAUGAACAUGAGGAAACCAGUGAGAGCGUCAAACUGAGAAGCUGUUCAUCCAAACUGUUCCUGAAGCUCCUUUCAAAAUAAAAGUCCCUGGAACUCCAGGAACCUGAUCAAACCUGAACCGUGUUGGAGAAUCUGUGCAGCAGACGGUCGAGGUUCUCGUCCUGAACUCUCCAAAGUUCUCUAAAGUCGUCCCAGCAGAUCCAGACUCAGACAGGAUUAUGGAGCGGAGGACAGACCUGGGAGCUGAAAUCGAUCAGUUUCACCUUCAUCUCGAAUCAUUCGAUAGAAAAAAUAUAUUUAAUUAAUUAACGUUUUAUUGUGAAAGUCUCUGAGUUUCCUGUUUAGUUUGUUCAGUGAAUCGUUCAAAACGUCCGUUUUCCGAUCGGAGCAGCUGGAUCCAGUUUUCGGACUGUUUGGUGUUUUUUUUCUGCCCUGAGUUCUGUCUGACAGGAGCGAGCAGAGGCGGACCCUGAAUCCACUUCCUCUGACUUUUAUUGACGUUUCAUUGGAAGGUUCCUGUGAGUGAUUCGGGCUGAAGUGCGGUUGGUUUCUUUCAUUCUUGUGAAGCAUUUCCCCGCUGUCAGUCCUGGUUUGUUUUUAACCAAUCAGAAGAGAGGAGUCUGGACUCUCAGAGUCUGGACCUGAACCCUUCCUGAGCAGCUGAUUGAGUUUCUCUGGUUUUAAUUUCCCUGCUGAGGGUGUUUUAUGAAAGCAGACUCAAAGAGACGUGGGUUUUCUCUGUGAUUGUGCUCUUCUCCUUCUUCUCCUUCUUCUUCUCCUCCUUCUUCUUCUUCUUCUUCAUGUUGCUUUUGCAAAACUGUAAAAAUGAAAACGUUAAAAUAUCCAUGAAUGUGACGAGGAAUCGGCCAGAAGAACGAGGAACAAUAAAAAAAAAUCCAGUUUAUUUUCAUGUUUAAGGCUCAACAUGUGGAUCUGAGUGGGUUCUGGUUCUGGUUCUGGUUCUGGUUCUGGUUGCCUUCUUGCUGUUGUGGAUAAAGAACGGACCAGGAUCUGCUGACUCAGAUGUUUGCAGCGGUGGAUCCUGGAGGGUCGACUGCAGACCAGCGGUUUGUGAAACAUCUGAGCUUUUUGUGUUUCUGUCUCUGUAGACGCAGAAAUGGUGGAAUCAGCCUUUAAAUAAACAGUUUCUCCCUUAAAACUGAGUCUACGUCAUUUAAAACUGAG